CUAACUGCAGGACGUGACAUUUCCGCAUGUCAAUAAAAAUAUGUGAGUCAAGGGGAAGAAGCAUAGGGGAAGAAAUUGCAGAUAUGUACGUAAGUGCUCUGCUUUCACUUCAACAAGUGCUUAACAUGUAGACUUUCAGUCACAUGAUGACAAGCCUCAGACUCCAGCUGCCAGCUGCUGCCUCUUCUCAAGGAAACAAAACACUCCGGAGUGUUUUAAAAGCAGGGGUUUUGUGCUGAAAGCCAAGGAGACUGAACACAUGCUCAAAUUAAAGACAAAGUUUGACCUGCAGGCAGAUGUGGUGUCUGAUAUCCUCAGGAAGGAGGCGUCGGUCUGCAGGGUGACAGAGUACUCUGGAGCAGUCGACACUCGUAUCCUGAACAUUGAGAGAGAUGGGGGCGUCCUUUACUCUUGGAAGGGAGCAACAGGAACCACCAGGAUUGGGAAAUAUGACUCUAACACCAAACAGAACAAGCUCCUGUACACGUUUGACAAGCAGGUGUGUGUCAGCAGCUGUUCCCUGAACAAGGAGGAGACGCUGUUAGCUGUCAGCUUGGCACAAAACACCAGAGGAGAGGAGCGCCUCAAACCAAUAUCCAAGUGUCUAACGCUCCUGAUUGAGAUCCAUCCCAUCAACAACACUAAAGUUCUCAAAGCAGUAGACUGCAGGGUCAAAGUGCAGUUCCUCUGCUCAGAAGCUGACAGAACAUCAGUGCUGGAGAGCCACCUGCUGCUGCUGGCUGAGGAUGGAUAUGUGGAUCUCUACCAUGUUCUGCUGACAAAACAGGAGGGUUAUAGAGUGGUGAUGGUGAAUCCUGAGCGUUUGUCCAAAACAGCAGAGACAAUAGUAGAGGACUUCUGCUGGGUCCAGUGGGAUGGACACACACAAAGACUCUACUACCUCACUCAUAACGACAAGUUCCUGAUCCGAUGUGUUCAGUUUUACCCCUACAAUACCUGCGAAACUGUGUUGGAACUCCCAUUAGAGUUGCCUGCUAAUCCUUUCUGCACAGUCACGUUUGUAAAUCUGGGUUUUGACCAUUAUCACACAGAGAGACCAGAGCAGGAGCUUGUAAGGAUGAAAGUGUUCACAAACAGAAUAGGAAGCAUGUGCGUGUGCUACAGCCGUUCACUUAAAGACAAACAGGAACUGGUCUACACUGUUGUUUUAGUUCACAAAGACUGCAGCAAGACAUUCAGGGUUUCUCUGGGCAGUGACCAGUCGCCACAGAAAGCCACACAGCUUCAUCCACUCUUCAUUCCCAUAGGUUACUACAUCCUGGUCUACCUGCAGGGUUAUUUCCUUCAUUGUAUCAACACCAGGCAGCAGGAGAUGCUCUGUCACUCCCUCUUUCUCUCAGGUCUUGAUGUGGACUUGGGCCUGCAGUGUCAAACAUCUAGCAUUAUAGUGUUGCAUGAGGAGGAAGAGUCUAGUGGUGGUCUGUUGGACCUGGCCAGUGGGAGGAUCCACACUGCUGAGCUUAGCCCAGCCUACCUGCUGCAGAUACUGCGAUCAGACACUCCUAGGUGUCCUAGCAGUAAGACUGACCCUCAGCGUCUGGCUGCCCUCCACUGCCUGCUGGUUUACAUGGGAAGCGACCCAAACCUGGAGCUGAAGAUUAUUGAAUGGCUGUCUGACAACGUGAACGCCUUCGAAUCCUUUGAUCAGAUCCAGGAGUUCAUUCUAGGCUCUUUGUACAGAAUAAGCUAUGAGAAGUCUCUCAACAUGGACAAAGUCCUGCCUUACUCCUCUGUAUUCGACAAGAAGGAGAUGCCACUGUGCCUGUUGGAGGUCCCUGGUGUGUUGUGUACCACUGAGCUGCAUAUUGAACCUGUGUUUAAAGGGAAGGCUAGAGGUCUCCUGAAUUUCUGGUCAGAGCUGCAGUGGAACACAGAGAGGGCAAAAUAUUUGGAUUCUGUUCCCAACCCCAGAUACAGACCCUCACACAUACAAGCCGACUGGGAUAAACUGAGGUCCGAGAUGAGACCAUCGAGCCACAUGAAUCACAUGGAGGACAACACAAAGAAAGUUCUAUCAAUCGUGGACACCUGGUGUCUUGAUAAGAAGCUGGUGCCACUUUUCCAGGAGGAGGACCAUCAACAGAGGGUGCUCAUAGGCCUGACGGUUGACAAGCUUCGAGAGCAUCUCAACAGACACCUGCCUCGACUCGGGAAGAAGAAGAUUGACUCACUGGUUGUCAACUACGUGGCCAAACUGCUGGAGCUCAUCAGACACAUGCUGGAGUCAGUCUGGCUGAAGCAUAAACUCGGCCCUCGUGUUUUGUGCUUCACACAGCAGGGCAGUCCAGCCGAGUGGUCCGUGUUUCAUUUCAUGUUGCGGAUCCUGGAAGCCACGAGGGGUCUCUGCCUUCCCCUCCCACCAGGCUAUCACACCCUGUUAGCAGUGUUUGCCGUGCGUUGCCUCCCUCAUCACACCUUCCUACAGUACAUUGACCACGGUGUCCUGCAGCUCACUGAAACCUUUGUGUCUCGGCUCAUGACAGAUUUGGACAACAGUGAUGCCAACGAGAGACUGAAGUUCAGCAUACUUAAGAGACUCCCUGAGCCUAUGGAGCAGAGGAUCUACCAUAUGUGGGACCAUCCUGUCAGUUCAGCUUCAAUCUCCAGGGAUUAUGUCACGACUCUGCUGGAGAAACACAGCAAAAACAAGGGAUUUACAUUCAGCAGCAGAGAGAGGCCAGGCUUCAGACCUGAGUUUCUGCCUCUUACCUACCUGGCAAAAAUGCUCUCUGAUAUAGAGGAACAAGCUCUGAACCCUUUCGAGGAGCAGGAGAACGUGGACGCGAGGUUUGUGGAGGAGACGGCUCUGAAACAGACAGUAAUACUGCUGGGCUUUGAGGAAAAAUGAAGGAUGUGCAGGGGAGCGGAAGGGCGGAGAGGGACAAGGGAUGGAUGGAUUUAGGGGGAAACAGAUGUGGGGGGGGGGGUUGUCAUCAUUGACUCGGCCUUGAGGACAAGUGCCGGAUGGAUGGAUGGAUGGAUGGAUGGAUGAUGGAGGGACGGAGGGCGAGAAGCGAAAGAUGAAUGGAGAGAUUGAGCGCCCAUAAACAAGCUCUCAGUGUUUUAUGACAAAUUAGGGUGGGACAGAGCCAUAGAUGGAUGGAGACGCCCAGAAAGGGAAGAUGGAGGGGGGAAUAGGAGGCAGAUCGGAUAAAAAAAGUCAUCCUAUUUUUCCACCUCUAAAUACUGAAGUGUGAUAUGAUGUGAGAGGGACAGUGGCUUGUUAUUUUACAAUACACAAACAAUGUAAGAACUGUGUUUAAAAUGGAAACAAUAGUAACACAAUUCAAUUUGGGGAAACAUGCUUAUCAUUUUUUUUUUUAUUAAAAAUCAAUAACUGCAGGCAGCUGUUUAUCUGAACUCAUAUUUCUGUAGCGGCAACAAUUCUCUCUCCACAACUUCUCCACUUCCUCUCAUACAAUUUAUGAACAUUGAUGUCAAAUACUGCAAACAGUAUUUAUAAAUCAAACACGCUUAUUUGUCCUCCUGUGCUCUCUGUAAUGCUGCUGCACCCCAUCAACUUGAUUACAUGCUGACAAAAGCGUCGCAGACAGAGCCGCUUGAUAUGGUCUCUCAGUGGCUGCUGUGCAUUCAAUCUGGUCUUUAACAAUGAGUUAUACAGAAUAUUUGCAGCUGAAAGGAGUGCUGGUAUAACUCAGUGAGACUAACAGGCCCUUGCAAAGAUUUAAAAUUACAAGCCCAAACAGUGUUAUAAAUGGAAUAUACUGUAUUUUCAAUAUACAAAUUAACAUAUUCUUAAUAGGAAAUACACUGAUUGUUACUUUAUACAAAAACUAAAUUGCUGAAGGAUUAGAAGGAUUUUCAAGCUUUGAGAUGACUGAGUAAAGUGGCUAUCAGGAACGUUUCAAAUAUUUAGGAAAUUCACUGUUGCUGGAUUUGUACGGAGAAUAAGGGCUGGCUAUCAUUUGAACUGUUUUGAUACUAGUGCUGGUAUGAUACCUAUGUUGCUGCACAGCACUAAAUGAUGUCAUAAUUAGAGAAAUAUGAACAUGUUUCUCUACAAAUUCCUCAGCCAAAAUUCUCAAAUAUUAAACGUCUAAACACAAGUGACCAUACAAAAACAUUAGCUUGCAUAAAACUGCCUAAAACUAGCUCAAUAUUUAUUUAAAGUGAGACUAUAUUUACUUUUAAAAGGAGAUAUACCACAUUCUUAGUACAAAAUGAUACCUUACUUUAAGUAAUAUAAACAUAUUUUUCCCUCAGCCAGUUUUAAAAUGUUAAACAUUGUCUAAACACAAGAGACCAUACAAGAAGUUUGGCUAAGUGAAUCAAAAUUGCUAGUUUUAGGCUAUUUUAAAGUGGGACUACAUACCUAAACCACACACACACACACACACACACAUUCUUAGUACAAGAACUUCGUCUCACUUAAAUUGUCUAAAACUAGCUAUAUUGUGAUUUAAAGUUAGACUAUUUUACUUUUGUAAGACAAGGUUUCAUAUUCUUACUUAUAUAAAUGAAAAGUUGAAUUCAUAGGCAAUAAAACACACUCUACUAAAUUCUUUACACUCAGGGUUUUGCUGCUACAGCCUUAUUGGUCUGGUAUGACUUGUAUAUUAUGAUGGCUAAUGUUAGCAAUCUUUAGGUUGAUAUCUCUAUAACUGCAAGACUGAGCUAGUUUGCUAACACCAUUGCUCUUCUUUUUGUUUUAGCACUUUCCAUGCAAUUGUCAUUUACUCAUCGGCUUACAAUAAACCAGGAAGCUGGCAGAAGAAAAAGUAAACAAGGUCUAAGGUAAUACACAAGGAUAAAAAUUAGCAGUCCACUCAUUUUAUAGUGCCUUUAUUCAUAUAGCCUAUUGUAAAAAUCAAUCUCCAAAAUGCUUUACAAACCAUAAAAUCAAAGAAGACAGUACAGGGUUAAUAGGGCAAUACAAAUUAAAAUAAUAAAAAAAUUAAAAACUGACAUUACUCACCCUGCCUGCACACACACACAAACAUCUAGUUUGAAUAACGUGCCAUAACGUGUGCCCUCAAUCAUGACUAAGCUCUUACUGUAAGUGGAGAAAUUCUUUGGUAGUGGUGGUGAGUGUGUGUGUGUGUGUGUGUGUGGGUGGCAUGUGUUCAUAAUCCUUUUCACACUGUCUGAAUGUUAGCAGCCCACGAGACUCAAUGCCAGAGAUUAUUUACACCUCCGUGUUUGUGCUUUGAAUUGAGAAAUGACAAAACAUUCCUCUGAAUAAAAAAGGGAUUUCUUAAGCACUCAUGUUUCUUAUGGUUACACAAAAAAGUUUUGUAAGAUGAAAUGUAAAUAAAGAGAUUCCCCCUGCC